AUGGCUUUCAGAAAGAUGUUCUUGAACGAUCUUCUUCUAUACGAAAAAUUGGGUGGGUGUUGCUUUGGGAACUUCGGCAGAUAUUAUGCUACUAAAGUGGACUUGAGGAAACUCCGACCCAUGAUUCUCAAAAGAAUUGAGAAACGUUCCAGACUUUACCCUGUUCGUUCCAUGGUUCCUGUUGCCAAUGAGGUCUUACUUGCUAGGAAUGUUCUCAUCAAGGGUGUUUCAACUCUCCUUAAUUCAUUACCUCUCUUGGCUUGCAAAUUUUGUCCAGAGAUAUAUAUUGGUGAGCAGGGACAUUUAAUUCCAACUUGCUGGGGUUACAAGCAUCGUGCCAAGAACAGGGUUCAUGAAUGGGUCAAAGGUGGUUUGAAUGAUAUACUUGUUCCUGUUGAGACGUUUCACCUUAACAACAUGUUCCAGAGUGUUAUUAGGCAUAACCAAAGGUUUGACUUCGAUCGCAUCCCUGCUGUUGUUGAACUAUGCUGGCAAGCAGGGGCUAAUCCCCACGAUGAAAAUCUUAAUUCAAGUGGUUGGAACUUGGAGGCUACUAAUGGCAAUGUUGAUGGUACUGAGUCUUUGUCACCGAAUGAUCUUGCCUUAAUAGCAAAAAAAACUUUAGAAGCUUGGGAGACUCUCAGGUCCGGGAUGGAGAAAUUGUUGAUGGUAUAUCCAGUAAAAGUUUGUAAAUAUUGUUCAGAGGUUCAUGUUGGGCCGUCUGGCCAUAAAGCUAGGCUCUGUGGAGUGUUCAAGUAUGAGAGUUGGAAAGGAUGUCAUUUUUGGACUAAAGCUAAUGUGGAUAAUUUAGUGCCCCCAAAGAUUGUAUGGAGACGAAGGCCUCACGAUCCUCCUGUACUUGUGAAUGAAGGAAGAGACUUCUAUGGACGUGUUCCAGCUGUACUGGAUUUGUGCACCAAAGCCGGUGCCAUUGCGCCCGCAAAGUAUAAUAUUAUGAUGAAAGUGCAAGGUUUGUCUGGUCCUGUCAAUUAUAAGAUUUUACAGGAGCAUUAG